AUGGCUACCGCAACAGAAGAAGAGAAGCAUAUUCCGACGGAUUUACUGACACAUGAAAUUCUGUCUCGAAUUCCGGCGAUCAAUCUCUUAAAAAAUCAUAUGCUCGUCUCCAAAAAAUGGCGCCAACUGAUUUCCGGCCCUGAAUUUAUUCAGAUCCAUCUCAACAGAUCCAAUCAACGCGCCGACGGAACCCGAAUCCUCGUCGCGGAGCCUAUUACGAUGACCGAUUGCGAUAAUUCCCCCGUAACGGAACCCUUUCCCCGCAAGAGAUUCUAUUAUCCCGCCAUGAAACCCCCUUCUCCCGGCAAGAGAAUCCCUUACCCUAGUGAAUUUUCCGUAAGAUGCCCAGUGAUCCUCGGCUCGUGCGACGGUUUGAUUUGUUUAUACGACGAAGGCCACAGAAAAUUCGCCGUCUUCAAUCCGUCCACUAGAAAGUACGAUCUAGGGUUAGCGGAUAAAUUCCGGUGGUUGUGCUUGUCGAACUACGCAAGCUGGUUUGGCCGGCACCCGUGCACCGGAGAAUACGUUCUUGUGAUUGGAUCGCAGCUGCAAGGAAGCCACGUGGACAUUCGCGUGUACGCGUUGAAAACUCACGCGUCUCGUAAUUCUCGCUCGAUAAUUAAUCAGAAGAAACACGGCCGUAGCUACAGUUAUUCCGAUCCCGUCGGCAGCCUCCUUCACGGAGCUCUUCAUUGGGCGGUGUGCACUUGUCCUUUCGAUAGGAAUCAGCUGCUCUUCGAAAGCGAGCACUUAAUUGUUGCGUACGAUUUUCGGAAGAACGAAAUAGUGGAGAUUCCUCCACCGGGUGAGUUUCGUUUUACGUUAGGAGUUAUGGAUGAGUGCCUGUUUGUGAUAUUUAGGAAUGCAGAUCAAGUGUUUGAGUUAUGGUCUAUGAGAGAAUAUGGGGUUAAGGAAUCGUGGACUAAAUACGCGAACAUUAAGGGAUUCGGGUCCGUUCGACUGUUGGUGCCGCUAGGGUUUUGUUCGAAUGGGGAUGAACUGAUUGUCGAGGCGGAUAGGAAGAAGGUGGAAAAGUAUAGUUUCGUUGAGAAGAAGAGUACUCUUCUUAAGAAUCAUCGUUGUGAUCAGGAGUUUAAAUCGAUUUCGUAUGUCGAUAGUUUGGUCCCUCCAGAGAUAAUAUACGAAUGA